AUGGGUUCCGCAGAGUCGCCUUACGCAUUUACACUCAAGGAUGAACCGAUAGAAAACCAGCGCCGCCUCAAGGUUCGAGUCAUUGGGGCGGGUUACUCGGGGAUAUACCUAGGUAUCCGGAUCCCGCAGCGCCUGCGCAAUGUUGACCUCGCGAUCUACGAGAAGAACGAAGGAGUUGGGGGUUGUGCGUGCGAUAUACCGGCCCAUAGCUAUCAGUACUCCUUUGCGCCGAAUCCUAACUGGUCGUCCUUCUAUGCGCCACAGGCCGAGAUAUGCGCGUACCUGACCGGCAUUGCGAACAGGUAUGGAGUCAUGCGGUUUGUCAAGCUGCGGCAUGAGGUCGAGAGUUGCAGCUGGAAUGAGGAGGCCAAGAAAUGGAACUUGAAGGUCCGCAAUACAGAGACCGGAGAGGUCAUUGAGGAUGACGCCGAUGUCUUGGUCUCGGCCCGAGGGAAUUUGAGCGAUCCAGCAUGGCCCGACAUCCCGGGGCUCAAGGACUUUGAAGGCCAAGUAAUGCACUCUGCACUGUGGAAAGAAGAUUACGACUUCAGGGGCAAGAAAAUCGGCGUCAUUGGCAAUGGAUCUAGCGCAAUACAGAUUGUGCCCAGUCUCCAGAAAAUAGCAGGUACAGAGCUCUCGUGCUUUGUGAGGAGCAAGACAUGGAUCACGAAUCCCUUUGGCGACAUUGUAAUGCAUAAACUUGGUUUAGACCCUAAAAAACUAGAUUUCUCACCUGAGCAACGGCGCGAGUUCGCGGAGAACCCAACGAAACUCCUGGCCUUCCGUAGGGCGAUCGAGGAAGAUGGGAAUACGAUCCACGCCGUCUCAAUGCAAGGCUCGGAUAUGCAACGGACGGCAGUCGAUGCCUUCCGUGCAGCUAUGAAGGAACGGCUCUCUGCGAAACCGGAGAUUGCAGAUUUUCUCAUCCCAACCUUUGCCGUCGGCUGCCGUCGAGCUACCCCUGGGCCGGGGUAUCUCGAAAGUCUGGUCGAGGCCAAUGUCGACUUUAUCACAGACACCAUAUCCGAGGUGAACAAAACGGGGAUAGCCCUCAAGAAUGGUCGUCAGGUCGAUCUCGACUGCCUCGUAUGUGCGACCGGUUUCAACACCUCGGCCCCACCCCCCUUUGGUGUCAAUGGUCGCAGUGGCAUAUCCCUCAAGGAGCGUUUCACGCCGUACCCCGAAGCAUAUCUUUCACUGGCGGUCGAUGGGUUCCCCAACUUCUUCAUGAUGCUGGGGCCCAAUUCUGCCAUCGGGAGCGGCUCCCUGACCAAGAUCCUGGAAUCAGAGGGCGACUAUGUGGUCAUGUGCAUCCGCAAGCUGCAAAAGGAGGACUAUGCUUCCAUGUGCAUCAAGAAAGAGAGGGUGGCCGACUGGUCCCAGUACUGCCAGUCGUAUUUCCAAGGAACAGUAUAUACCGAUCAGUGUAACUCCUGGUACAAAAGCGAAGGGGGGAGGGGCAAUCGCAUCACUGGAUUGUGGCCGGGGAGCACACUCCACGCGCUUGAGGCCCUGAGAGCACCGAGAUGGGAGGAUUAUGACUGGGAGAGCGUGUACGGUGGCGAAGGUAACCAGAUGAGGUGGCUUGGGAACGGAUGGAGUGUCACCCAUGUGGAGAGCACCGAAGGCGGUGGGUACGACGGUGAUCCGGCGUGGUAUCUGGAUAGCAGGUUCCAGAGCGUUCCUGUGGAGUGGCGGCCGGAAGAGGAUCUAGAGUACAAGGCUAGACCUUACUCUCAUUGA